AUGGAUGUUAUUGGUGUAAACCACAUUACUCUGAUCUCUCUUCCAGAGAAGCUGUACAACUCUCAUGGACCUGAGCUCCGGAGGUCCCUGUUCUCUCUGAAGCAGCUCUUCCAGGUAAAGACCAAUAUAUUAUCUAUGGUAAAGACCAAUAUAUUAUCUAUGGUAAAGACCAAUAUAUUAUCUAUGGUAAAGACCUAUAUAUUAUCUAUGGUAAGGACCAAUAUAUUAUCUAUGGUAAAGACCUAUAUAUUAUCUAUGGUAAAGACCAAUAUAUUAUCUAUGGUAAGGACCAAUAUAUUAUCUAUGGUAAAGACCUAUAUAUUAUCUAUGGUAAGGACCAAUAUAUUAUCUAUGGUAAAGACCAAUAUAUUAUCUAUGGUAAAGACCAAUAUAUUAUCUAUGGUAAGGACCAAUAUAUUAUCUAUGGUAAAGACCUAUAUAUUAUCUAUGGUAAGGACCAAUAUAUUAUCUAUGGUAAAGACCAAUAUAUUAUCUAUGGUAAGGACCAAUAUAUUAUCUAUGGUAAAGACCAAUAUAUUAUCUAUGGUAAAGACCAAUAUAUUAUCUAUGGUAAAGACCAAUAUAUUAUCUAUGGUAAAGACCAAUUAUUAUUUCUGGAAAGACCAAUAUAUUAUCUAUGGUAAAGACCAAUAUAUUAUCUAUGGUAAACACUAAUAAAAUUGUCAGAAUGUGGCAAAGCAAUUGACUUUUUGUCCUGAAUACAGAAGUGUUAUGUUUGGGCCAAAUCCAAUACAACACAUUACUGAGGACCACGCUCCAUAUUUUAAGCAUAGGCUGAUUCUCUCCAUAUCACAUCCACCAUCCACCCUCCUCCUCCUCCUCUCAGUGAGAGGAAAUGGCUCUACCCCCCUUACCCUGUGUCUAACUAGACUGGAACAGAGGAACAAGGAAGAAUGGAGUGAGAGAGGAGGGGGAGGGGGGGGAAUGCAUUCCAGUCAUGCCAGAGACUUCAUUGUAAUCAUUUGAGAGAUGAAAGGGUUGAUAACUCAAGUUGACGAGAAUGUAUAGGGCGUGUCCCAAAUACGGUGUGUGUGUGUGUGUGUGUGUGUGUGUGUAAGGCUGUUGUCAAAAGUAGUGCACUAUAUAGGGAAUAGGGUGCCAUUUGGGAUGACAUGCUAUAGUGCCUGUGAUUGUUCUCUGUGAUUCUCUCGAGUCCCACAGUAGGAGCAUUCAGACCGCCAGCAGGUGGUCGUAUUAAUACGCCAUUUAGCAGACGCUUUUAUCCGAAGCGACUUACAGUCAUGCGCGCAUACAUUUUUACGUAUGGGGGUGGUCCCGGGGAUCGAACCCACUACCCUGGCGUUACGAGGCGCCGUGCUCUACCAGCUGAGCUACAGAGGACCACUUUAUUCAUCAAUUGUACACUAGGUCCAACCCGAAAUGUGACUUCUGCUUUAUCCCAACCCUCUGAAAGACACAUGGAUACAGCGCAUUCAGAAAGCGCAUUCAGAAAGUAUUCACACCCCUUGACUUAUUACACAUGAUGUUGUGAUAGAGCCUGAGUCCAGUCACUGGACUAAACACAAUACCCCCCCGCAGGGACGGCUUGUUCAAUAGGGCGAUAUGGGCGACGCACUGCCAAACGGGAAAAGGAAGGGAUUUUUUUUCUAAUCAAUUAUAUCACGGCAACAGCAGUUAUCAGUGUUCACGUCUGAUCUGCCAGCCACUAAAUGUCAAAUCAGGCUAAAGUCGUGCUUCAAAUGGCCCCGCCCGUUUUUUGGGCGAUUUCAGUCAGGUUGAAAAUCGCCCAGAAGUCUCUCAUAGCCUGUCAUGUAAAAUCUAUUUUUUUCACAUUUCAAAGCUUUCAAUACAUUCUCUAUGGGUGUCUGUGGGCAUGCACUUACGCGCUUUCGUCAUACGUGACGUAACGUUGAACGUAACUAAGACAAUGGCGGCUAGCAGCGUCUAUGUUGCGACCUGCAGUGUGGCGUUAUUUUAUGUUUUUAAUUUGUAGACUUAGUUUACAAACAUUCUGCAAACAUUCUGCUUUGGACUGAUCUUCGGUUUUGGACUGAUCUUGUUGAUCGUGUACAUACCCGCUACGAACGGACUAAAUAAUGAAAACGCUGCUGGCAGCGGAAUCCCAAUACAGCUGGGAGACUUGGCUGGAUGACAGAGUCCCGGACAGAGAGGUGGAGCCGGCUGGCUUCACCCUGGUCAGAGCGGACCGCGAUCCUGGUAAGAGAGCGACUCUGUACCCCGACAUUGAACUGCUUUCUGUGUCAUUGAACCUUACUAUUGUUGAUAAAACAAGUUUACUGGAGAACGGAGACCAAGUAGAGACUUUUGGACAAGGUGGAUAAUUGUAUAAUAUAAGGCAGUUUAUUCAGAGGUAAAGAUAUCUGGAAUCGCGUGCACGGACCCGUUCGUCAAACUCGUAGGGAGUUUAUCAGAAGAGCCCCUAAACAUUGUGUGCUGACAUUUUAUACAAUAAAAUGAAGUAGGUUGAAUCUAGUAGUUCUGAUCUUCUGAUUGGUCCUGAUGAGUUGGGCGAGGUCACCUCCAGGCUAGUGUCACUGUUGCAUUGGCUCUGAGUCGGGUUCUCUGUCUUCAGAUGUUCAGCCUAAGAGAAGAGGAUUUGUGUGUGUGUGUGUGUGUUUGUUAUCAGUGUGUGUGUGUGUGUGUGUGUGUGUGUGUGUGUUUGUUAUCAGUGAUGGUGUGUGUGUGUGUGUGUGUGUGUGGGUGUGUGUGGGUGUGUGUGUGUGUGUCCUCAGGGCAAGAACUCGUGAGUUGGAAGAACUGAGAGACCUAUGGCGUGGGUGUUAUCCUUAGCCACCUGCUGACAAGAUAGGACUCUUGUUCAUUGUAUUGAAUACAAAGGCCCAACACAAAAUGGGUCAUGCACAAGAUUUUAGUCAGACCAAGCUAUAACAUUAUAUAUUUACUACGACAGUACAUUCAACCAAAAGCUAAUAUAACAAAGGCAUCAGAGAUUAUUUAUAAUCUGUCACAGAAACUGGAAUCCAUCUCCCCAGAUCAGUCAAUAAAUGCUUCUGGUAUUGACUUAUAUGCUGCCCCUGUCUUCAUGUUGUUGCUGGACAUAUAUUUUUUAAAAUGUGUGUAGGUCACCUAAAUCAUCAGAAAAAUUGCCCCUCCUGAGAAUUUUUUCAGGAGCCGCCACUGCCCCCCCGUAAUGUCAAAGUGGAAUUUUAUGUUUUUAGAUUUUUUUAAACAAAUUUAAUACAAAAUGAAAAUCACAAUGCACUUCUCUCUCCAGAAUGCGCUCUGUCCCGCCAGUUUGUGCACAUUCGUUGUCUAUCAAUUCCCCGUUACAUAUAUCACCAGUAGUACAUUAACCGUUCAUUACUGUAGUUUCUAAUCUACAAUGUUACUGUAAUUUCUGUUAAUGCAUUCAAUAAUAUUAUUAUUCCAGUCUUUUACCGUUGUCGUUGUCGGAGUGGACACGUUGUUUGCAGAGAACACAACCUCGGCUACACUUCUGAGGAACAUGUUCUGGUUUAUUUCAUUCCGUUAAUGAGUUCUGUCAAUUGAGUCAUUGUCUAUUGUUUGGAGCGUUCCUGUCAAUGUUGAUUAACGCCUCGAUCACAAAAAAAUGGUACGCAGCAUCAUCUGGAUACGUGCGCAACAAAAGUGCAACAUUCACCUUCUGCUACCAGAUAAAUCCAACGUGAAUCCAACCCCACAGAACCCACCGCAAUGGCCUCUGCAACGCAAACGUUGCAAGACAAACACAGCAUUCCAUUGGAAAUGAAUGUACUUCUGGUGUACCAAAACGCAGUGACGCUGCCAUAAUAUGGACUUGGUCUUUUACCAAAUAGUGCUAUCUUCUGUAUACCCCCACUACCUUGUCACAACACAACUGAUUGGCUCAAACGCAUUAAGAAGGAAAGAAAUUCCACAAAUUCACUUUUAAGAAGGCACACCUGUUAAUUGAAAUGCAUUCCAGGUGACUACCUCAUGAAGCUGGUUGAGAGAAUGCCAAGCGUGUGCAAAGCUGUCAUCAAGGCAAAGGGUGGCUAUUUGAAGAAUCUCAAAUAUAAAGUAUAUUUCGAUUUGUUUAACACUUUUUUUGGGUUACUACAUGAUUCCAUGUGUGUUAUUUCAUAGUUUCGAUGUCUUCACUAUUAUUCUACAAUGUAGAAAAUAGUAAAAAAUAAAGAAAAACCCUUGAAUGAGGAGGUGUGUCCAAACUUUUGGACCGGAAGGUUCCGGUACUCCAUUUUGGGUGAUGUCACUGUUUUAUAUUUAGGUGCAGGAGCUCCACAAUACUUUUUGAGUUAAUAUUCUAUAAGAGGAACAGGAGGUCAAGCACUAGAACAUCUGAGGUGCCGGUUCUCCGCUCCGGUGAGCUCCAGCCGAAGUCAAGCACUGCUUCUUAUACCCUUGCGCAAAUAGUCCACAGCUGUUUCUGUCCCGAGCUCACUGGAGGGGAAACUCUGAGGGACCAGAAUUGUUUUAUACAAUGUUGCAAGUUUACUAGUGAGAGCCUCGGACCCGACCCAAGUUAAGUUGAUACAAUGUUUCAAGUUCGUUGCAGACAGGCCGUGCGUAGCCAAUUUCAUUUAUAGGAUAUUUAUUUUUAUCAGGAUAUUUUCUACCUGCAGGCUGCAAUGUUUUUAUUUCUAUUUUUACAUAGUUGGCAAUAGAAGAUACUUUUUAGGUUUGUGUCAUUUUCCUUUAGAUUUUGAUAUAAUGUUUAUUAACUACAUGACAAUGAUUUUGAGAUACUUUUGUGUAUAUAGUGUAUGUGGACACCCCUUCAAAUUAGUGGAUUCGGCUAUUUCAGCCACACCCGUUGCUGACAGGUUUAUAAAAUCGAGCACACAGCCAUGCAAUCUCCAUAGACACACAUUGGCAGUAGAAUGGCCCGUACUGAAGAGCUCAGUGACUUUCAAAGUGGCACCGUCAUAGGAUGCCACCUUUCUAACAAGUCAGUUCGUCACAUUUCUGCCCUGCUAGAGCUGCCCCCGGUCAACUGUAAGUGCUGUUGUUGUGAAGUUGAAACGUCUAGGAGCAACAACGGCUCAGCCGCGAAGUGGUAGGCCACACAAGCUCACAGAACGGGACCGCCGAGUGCUGAAGCGCUUUUGCGCGUAAAAAUCGUCUGUCCUCGGUUGCAACACUCACUACCGAGUUCCAAUCUCCUGUAAGUCGCUCUGGAUAAGAGCGUCUGCUAAAUGACUAAAAUGUACAAAUGUAAAAUGUUCCUGAGUGGCCGAGUUACAGUUUUGACUUAAAUCUACGUUGUCUAGCAAUGAUAAACAACCAAUUUGACAGAGCUUGAAGAGUUUUGAAAAGAUUCAUGUGCAAAUGAUGCACAAUCCAGGUGCUCUUAAAGACCUGUUAUUCUUAUUUUAUUUAUUUUUUGGUCAUUUAGCAGACGCUCUUAUCCAGAGCGAUUUACAGGAGCAAUUAGGGUUAAGUGCUUUGCUCAAGGGCACAUCGACAGAUUUUUUUUCUUCUUUCACCUAGUCGGCUCGGGGAUUAGAACCAGCGACCUUUCGGUUACUGGCACAACGCUCUUAACCACUAAGCUACCUGCUACCCAGAAAGACUUACCCAGGUCCUUCUACAAAGUAUUGAGUCAGGGGUGUGUUUACUUAUGUAAAUGAGAUAUUUCUGGGGGUUUUUCUCCAAUACAUUUGCAAAAAUUUAUAAAAACGUGUUUUCACUUUGUCAUUUAUUUAGUAUUGUGUAUAGAUGGGUGAGAGAAACAAUAUCUAGAGAUCGGAGCAGGGGUCUGCCACACUGGGCCCCCGGGGAGCAGGGGUCUGCCACACUGGGCCCCCGGGGAGCAGGGGUCUGCCACACUGGGCCCCCGGGGAGCAGGGGUCUGCCACACUGGGCCCCCGGGGAGCAGGGGUCUGCCACACUGGGCCCCCGGGGAGCAGGGGUCUGCCACACUGGGCCCCCGGGGAAGCAGGGGUCUGCCACACUCGGCCCCCGGGGAGCAGGGGUCUGCCACACUGGGCCCCCGGGGAGCAGGGGUCUGCCACACUGGGCCCCCGGGGAGCAGGGGUCUGCCACACUGGGCCCCCGGGGAGCAGCGGUCUGCCACACUGGGCCCCCGGGGAGCAGGGGUCUGCCACACUGGGCCCCCGGGGAAGCAGGGGUCUGCCACACUGGGCCCCCGGGGAAGCAGUUGUUGUGGGGGGUGAAGUGCCUUGUUCUAUUGUUAUAAUGGCAUCGUGAUAGCUGCAUGUCUAAUCAUAAAUCAAUGACUGUCAUUCAUUAUGGAUCUGAAUGUGAAUAUGUUCUGUCUUCUCUGGAUGACAGAGGUCAGGUCAGAGGUCAUAGUUAAACACCUGAACACGAAGACAGUCAAUGAACCACAAAUACAGCUGAGGUGCGUUCAACAAGGGAAAUAGUUUUGCUGACGUUAGCUAAGAUGUUCCAUCUGUUUUGUGUUAGCCGUGAACGUUCGCUAACGUUAGCUAAGAUGUUCCAUUUGUUUUGUGUUAGCCGUGAACGUUCGCUAACGUUAGCUAACAAGUUCCAUUUUGUUUCGUGUUAGCCGUGAACGUUCGCUAAUGUUAGCUAACAGUUUGAGAAGGUAGCUAGUGUGCGGGGAACGUAAGUGUCUGUUUCGGGUCUAAACUGCCGCUACAAAUAAAUCAAGUGGCCAUGUAGGCUUUCUGUUCCAUUUCUAUGACAUGGGAUCCUCUCUCUUAACGAUCUGCUGUGUGUUGUAGGAUGACAAAGACCUGGUGCCAGAGUUUGUGAAUUCAGAAGGCUUGAUGUGUUUCGUCAAGGUUGGAGCAGAGGCUGACCACAACUACCAGAACUACAUUCUCAGAGGUAAGUAGGAUCUCAACACGAAAGUGGGACCUCAACAAUAAAAUGCCACUCAUCUAACAAAGACUUAUCUACCCAAUAUGUCACUUAAAUAGUUUUCUCAUACAUACAUAUUUCGAAACAAGUUUGCAUGAAUGUUGCACAAUAGGGGGUUUAGAAAUAAAUACCUCGACUGAUGAUACUUCUACAAUUAUUACUGUUACCGUUCAGUUCUACGAUACUGAGGACACUGAACGUCAGGGCUUUAGUAUCAUGAUACUGAGGACAAUGAACGUCAGGGCUUUAGCAUCAUGAUACUGAGGACAAUGAACGUCAGGGCUUUAGCAUCAUGAUACUGAGGACACUGAACGUCAGGGCUUUAGUAUCAUGAUACUGAGGACAAUGAACGUCAGGGCUUUAGCAUCAUGAUACUGAGGACACUGAACGUCAGGGCUUUAGCAUCAUGAUACUGAGGACACUGAACGUUAGGGCUUUAGCAUCAUGAUACUGAGGACACUGAACGUCAGGGCUUCAGUAUCAUGAUACUGAGGACACUGAACGUCAGGGCUUCAGUAUCAUGAUACUGAGGACACUGAACGUCAGGGCUUCAGUAUCAUGAUACUGAGGACACUGAACGGGGCUUUAGUAUCAUGAUACUGAGGACACUGAACGUAGGGCUUUAGUAUCAUGAUACUGAGGACACUGAACGUCAGGGCUUCAGUAUCAUGAUACUGAGGACACUGAACGUCAGGGCUUUAGUAUCAUGAUACUGAGGACACUGAACGUCAGGGCUUUAGUAUCAUGAUACUGAGGACACUGAACGUCAGGGCUUCAGUAUCAUGAUAAUGAGGACACUGAACGUUAGGGCUUUAGCAUCAUGAUACUGAGGACACUGAACGUUAGGCUUUGCAUCAUGAUACUGAGGACACUGAAGUCAGGGCUUAGGCAUGAACUGAGGACACUGAACGUUAGGGGGUUAGUAUCAUGAUACUGAGGACGGACGUCAGGGCUUCAGUUCAUGAUAUGAGGACACUGAACGUCAGGGCUUUAGUAUCAUGAUACUGAGGACACUGAAAGUCAGGGCUUUAGUAUCAUGAUACUGAGGACCUGAACGUGGGCUUCAGUAUCAUUGAUACUGAGGACAUGAACGUCGGGCUUCAGUAUCAUGAUAUGAGGACAUGAACGUUUAGGGCUUAGCAUCAUGAGACGGGACACUGAACGUUCAGGCUUUAGAAGCAUCAUGAUACUGAGGACCUGACGUCCAGCUUUAGCAUCAUGAUCCUGAGGAACACUGAACGUUAGGGCUUUUAGUAUCAUAUACCCGAGGACACUGAACGUCAGGGCUUCUAUCAUAUACUGAGGACACUGAACGUCAGGCUUUAUAUCAGAUACUGAGGACACUGAACGUCAGGGCUUCAGUAUCAUGAUACUGAGGACACUGAACGUCAGGGCUUUAGCAUCAUGAUACUGAGGACACUGAACGUCAGGGCUUUAGUAUCAUGAUACUGAGGACACUGAACGUCAGGGCUUCAGUAUCAUGAUACUGAGGACACUGAACAUCAGGGCUUUAGUAUCAUGAUACUGAGGACACUGAACGUCAGGGCUUCAGUAUCAUGAUACUGAGGACACUGAACGUCAUGGGGCUUUAUAAUCAUGAUACUGAGGACACUGAACGUCAGGGCUUUAGUAUCAUGAUACUGAGGACACUGAACGUCAGGGGCUUUAUCAUCAUGAUACUGAGGACAUGAAUGUCAGGGCUUCAGUAUCAUGAUACUGAGGACACUGACGUUAGGGGCUUUAGCAUCAUGAUACUGAGGACACUGAACGUUAGGCUUUCAGCAUCAUGAUACUGAGGACACUGAACGUCAGGGCUUUAGCAUCAUGAUACUGAGGACACUGAACGUCGGGCUUUAGCAUCAUGAUACUGAGGACACUGAACGUUAGGGCUUCAGAUCAUGAUACUGAGGGACACUGAACGUUGGGGCUUAGCAUCAUGAUACGGGACACUGAAAGUAGGGCUUCCCUAUCAUGAUACUGAGACACUGGGAAAAUCAGGGCUUUUAGCAUCAUGAUACUGAGGGAACUGACGCAGGCUUAAUAUCAUGAUACUGAGGACAUGAACUUAGGGCUUUAGUACAUGAUACUGAGGACCUGAACGAGGGCUUCAGUAUCAUGAUACUGAGGCACUGAACGUCAGGCUUUAGCCCUCAUGAUACUGAGGACACUGAACGUAGGGCUUCAGUUCAUGAUACGAGGACACUGACCGUUCAAAGGGGGCUUUAGCAUCAGAUACUGAGGACAUGAACGUAGGGCUUUAUAUCAUGAUACUGAGGACCUGGAACGUAGGCUUUAUAUCAUGAUACUGAGGCACUGAACGUUAGGGCUUUAGUAUCCCUGAUACUGAGGACACUGAACGUUAGGGCUUUAUAUCAUGAUCCUGAGGACACUGAACGUCAGGGCUUUAUAUCAAAAGAUACUGAGGACACUGAGUUAGGGCUUUAGUAUCAUGAUACUUCAUGCCUGGUCCUGACUCCUGACACACUGCAGCCUGUGGAGAGAGGGAGGGGAGGGGGAAGGAUGGAGGAUAGCGGAGAGUGUUGUUCCUCUGUCCAAGCCAGCAUAAACAGUAGAUCCAGAGAGAACUCUGCUGCUGCUGUGUGCAGAGGAACACUUACGGUUUAAUACACCAACCACUGACUCCUGCAUGGUGGAAACAGAGAGCGUUAUACCAACCACUGACUCCUGCAUGGUGGAAACAGAGAGCGUUUAUACCAACCACUGACUCCUGCAUGGUGGAAACAGAGAGCUUAAACCAACCACUAACUCCUGCAUGGUGGAAACAGGAGCUUUAUACCAACCACUGACUCCUGCAUGGUGGAAACAGAGAGCGUUACACCAACCACUGACUCCUGCAUGGUGGAAACAGAGAGCUUUAUACCAACCACUGACUCCUGCAUGGUGGAAACAGAGAGCGUUAUACCAACCACUGACUCCUGCAUGGUGGAAACAGAGAGCGUUAUACCAACCACUGACUCCUGCAUGGUGGAAACAGAGAGCUUUAUACCAACCACUGACUCCUGCAUGGUGGAAACAGAGAGCUUUACACCAACCACUGACUCCUGCAUGGUGGAAACAGAGAGCUUUAUACCAACCACUAACCUCCUGCAUGGUGGAAACAGAGAGCGUUAUACCAACCACUGACUCCUGCAUGGUGGAAACAGAGAGCGUUACACCAACCACUGACUCCUGCAUGGUGGAAACAGAGAGCUUUAAUACCCACCACUGACUCUGCAUGGUGGAAACAGAGAGCUUUACACCAACCACUGACUCCUGCAUGGUGGAAACAGAGAGCGUUAUACCAACCACUGACUCCUGCAGGGUGGAAACAGAGAGCGUUAUACCAACCACUGACUCCUGCAUGGUGGAAACAGAGAGCGUUUUCACCAACCACUGACUCCUGCAUGGUGGAAACAGAGAGCUUUAUACCAACCACUGGACUCCUGCAUGGUGGAAACAGAGAGCUUUAACCAACCACUGACUCCUGCAUGGGGGAAACGAGAGCGUUUAACCAACCACUUUACUCCUGCAGGGUGGAAACAGAGAGUUUAUACCAACCACUGACUCCUGCAUGGUGGAAACAGAGAGCGUUACACCAACCACUGACUCCUGCAUGGUGGAAACAGAGAGCGUUAUACCAACCACUGACUCCUGCAUGGUGGAAACAGAGAGCGUUAUACCAACCACUGACUCCUGCAUGGUGGAAACAGAGAGCGUUAUACCAACCACUGACUCCUGCAUGGUGGAAACAGAGAGCUUUAUACCAACCACUGACUCCUGCAUGGUGGAAACAGAGAGCUUUAUACCAACCACUAACCUCCUGCAUGGUGGAAACAGAGAGCGUUAUACCAACCACUGACUCCUGCAUGGUGGAAACAGAGAGCUUUAUACCAACCACUGACUCCUGCAUGGUGGAAACAGAGAGCGUUACACCAACCACUGACUCCUGCAUGGUGGAACAGAGAGCUUUGUUAUACCAACCACUUGACCUCCGGGCCAUUGGUGGAAACAGAGAGAGGUUUACACCAACCACUGACUCCUGCAGGGUGGACACAGAGAGAGUUUACACAACCACUGACCUCCUGGCAUGGUGGAACCAGAGAGCCGUUAUACCAACCCUGACUCCUGCAUUGGUGGAAACAUGAGAGGUUUAUACCAACCACUGGACUCCUGCAUGGUUGGAAACACGAGUAGGUUUAUACCAACCCAUGACUCUCAGGGUGGAAAGGAAACAGAGAGCGUUACACCAACCACUUGACUCCUGCAUGGUGGAACAGAGAGGAGAGCGUUAUACCAAACCACUGACUCCUAACAGGGUGGUAAACAGAGAGAGUUACCCACCCCCUGAUGGGGAAACAGAGAGCGUUUCCACUGAACUCCUGCCCCUGGUGGAAACAGAGAGCGUUACACCAACCAAAUGACCCUGCAUGGUGAAACAGAGAGCGUUAUAACCAACCCUGACUCCUGCAUGGUGGAAACAGAGAGCGUUAUACCACCCUGACUCCUGCAUGGUGGAACCCGACAUUAUACCAACCACUGACUCCUGCAUGGUGGAAACAGAGAGUAUAUUACCCUGCUGGGUCUAUGGAAAUGGAACCUAAACUGUAUUCCCCAUGUAGUGUACACUAUGUAGUGUCUGUAUUCCCCAUGUAGUGUACACUAAGUAGUGUCUGUAUUCCCCAUGUAGUGUACACUAAGUAGUGUCUGUAUUCCCCAUGUAGUGUACACUAAGUAGUGUCUGUAUUCCCCAUGUAGUGUACACUAAGUAGUGUCUGUAUUCCCCAUGUAGUGUACACUAUGUAGUGUCUGUAUUCCCCAUGUAGUGUACACUAAGUAGUGCCUGUAUUCCCCAUGUAGUGUACACUAUUAGUGGUUGUAUUCCCCAUGUAGUGUUUCCUAAGUAGGUCUGUAUUCCCUGUAGUGUACAUAAGUAGUGUCUGUAUUCCCCAUGUAGUGUACACUAAGUAGUGUAGUGUAGAGACAGUGUGUGAUUCCAGAUGUGCCUCUGGUGUUGUUGACAAGCAGCCUGAUCUGUGUGUUUCCUGCAGCCCUCAGUCAGAUCAUGCUGUUUGUAGAUGGGAUGAACGGGGUGAUCAACCACACUGAGACGGUUCAAUGGCUUUACACCCUGAGCCCGCAGCCUGUGAUCUUAUACUGGACACACACACACACACACACACACACACACACACACACACACACACACACCCACAACACACACCCACCCGUCAUAUCCACACACACCACACACACAACACACACCCACCCUCAUACACAGACACACCACACACACACCACACACACACACACACACACACACCACCAUCAUAUCCCCACACACACACCACACACCCACCAUCAUAUCCACACACACACACACAGACACACCCACACACACAGACACACCACGCACACACCCACAGCACCAAACCCACCGUCAUAUCCACACACACACACACACACACACCACCCCACCCGUCAUAUCCACACCACACACCCACCCACACACCACCACACACACCCACCCCACCCACCCUCUAUCCACCACCACACACACACACACACACACACAGACACACACCAAGACCAUUCACUGCCUCUGAAUCAUACGCAGCGCGUGGGUUUCAAGUUUGGGGAAACUAAUUUUCACCAUAAAAAUGUACCUUUUUAAUAAUAAAAGCAUUCAAAGCAUCAUCACAUUUGCUGACUUAUAUAAGAUAGCCUCCUAUUCCUAAUGUGAUGAUUAGAUUGGAUAGUCAUAAUUUAGGCAAAUUACGUAACUCAAUCACUGUUGUGGUCCUCUGUAGCUCAGCUGGUAGAGCACGGCGCUUGUAACGCCAAGGUAGGGUUCGAUCCCCGGACCACCCUAUCACAAAAAUGUAUGCACGCAUGACUGUAAGUCGCUUUGGAUAAAAGCGUCUGCUAAAUGGCAUAUUAUUAUAUUAUUACUGUUAACAAAAACGACCGUUCAGUGCAUGGCUGAGCGAAUAUAGCGGGAAAGAUGUGGCUUUUUAUAAACACAUUUCAAUUCUUCUACACGUUAUAUUACUGGAGACAUUAGCAUCAUCUUUUUAUAUGACUAAUGACAGGGCAGCCUACUCCGCUGCCACUGACAAACAGAUCAAUAAACACUACGUUGUCCAUUAUUGGCCUACGAGAAGGGGAGACCAAUUAAAUAGGGGGGGCCUUCUUCUUUGUUUGAGCAAAAAAAGAUAUGUGAAAAGGCCCUGAUUUGGACACGAUCAUAAACCAACACUGGGCCCAAUACUAACUGAGAAACGCACGCAGAACCUGUUGCAUGUAGUGUUGGGGUCAAUUCCAUUAUAAUUCCAGGCAACUUCAGAAAGUAAACCAAAUUCCAAUUCCACAUUUUCCUCAUUUGAAAAGAAUUGGAACUUCCUGUGUACUUCCUGAAUGUGACUGGAAUUUAAAAGGAAUUGACCCCAACCCUGGUUGCAUUGUACGGUAUCAUGUCAAUAAGAGACUAGAACACUAGUGUCUCAGGGAAGGAUUUGGCCCAGGAAGGGUUUGUAAAUCAAACGGUUUCUUGCAGCUGCUGUAGCUCUGAUUUCCACAUCUCCUUUUAACAGGGAAGUGAGAGCAGCCGAUGAGAUGUGAGAUAUGACAGGGUGUGAAACUAGAAUAUGGUCAGGAAAAAGUAUUGUUGUGCAAGACACUGUACUGUAGAGAAGAUGUUCAAGACACUGUACUGAUGGAGAAGAUGUUCAAGACCCUGUACUGGUGAGAGAAGAUGUUCAAGACCUGUACUGUAGUGAUGAAAGAUGUUCAAGACACUGUACUGAUGGAGAAGAUGUUCAAGACACUGUACUGUAGAGAAGAUGUUCAAGACACUGUACUUUAGUGAUGGAGAAGAUGUUCAAGACACUGUACUGUAGAGAAGAUGUUCAAGACACUGUACUUGUGAUGGAGAAGAUGUUCAAGACACUGUACUUUAGUGAUGGAGAAGAUGUUCAAGACACUGUACUGUAGAGAAGAUGUUCAAGACACUGUACUUUAGUGAUGGAGAAGAUGUUCAAGACACUGUACUGUAGAGAAGAUGUUCAAGACACUGUACUUUAGUGAUGGAGAAGAUGUUCAAGACACUGUACGUGAUGAGAAGAUGUUCAAGACACUGUACUUUAGUGAUGAGAAGAUGUUCAAGACACUGUACUUAGUGAUGGAGAAGAUGUUCAAGACUGUACUGUAGUAUUUCAGACCUGUACUUGAGAGAAGAUGUUCAAGACACUGUACUUUAGUGAUGAGAAGAUGUUCAAGACACUGUACUGUAGAGAAGAUGUUCAAGACACUGUACUGUAGAGAAGAUGUUCAAGACACUGUACUGUAGUGAUGGAGAAGAUGUUCAAGACACUGUACUUUAGUGAUGGAGAAGAUGUUCAAGACACUGUUCUGUAGUGAUGGAGAAGAUGUUCAAGACACUGUACUGUAGUGAUGGAGAAGAUGUUCAAGACACUGUCUUAGUGAUGGAGAAGAUGUUCAAGACACUGUACUGUAGAGAAGAUGUUCAAGACACUGUACUGUAGUGAUGGAGAAGAUGUUCAAGACACUGUACUGUAGAGAAGAUGUUCAAGACACUGUACUGUAGAGAAGAUGUUCAAGACACUGUACUGUAGUAGAGAAGAUGUUCAAGACACUGUACUGUAGAGAAGAUGUUCAAGACACUGUACUGUAGAGAAGAUGUUCAAGACACUGUACUGUAGAGAAGAUGUUCAAGACACUGUACUGUAGUGAUGGAAGAUGUUCAACUGUACUGUAAGAAAUGUCAGCACUGUACUGUAGAGAAGAUGUUCAAGACACUGUACUGUAGUAUGGAGAAGAUGUUCAGACACGACUAAGAGAGUCAGCAGUACUGUAGAGAAGAUGUUCAAGACACUGUACUGUAGAGAAGAUGUUCAAGGCACUGUACUGUAGAGAAGAUGUUCAAGCUAAGGCACUGUACUGUAUAGAGAAGAUGUUCAAGCUAAGGCACUGUACUGUAGAGAAGAGUGUUCAAGCUAAGGCACUGUACUGUAGUGAUGGAGAAGAGGUUCAAGCUAAGGCACUGUACUGUACUACAGGGUUUCCCAAACUCGGUCCUGGGGCCCCCUGUGUGCACGUUUUGGUUUCUAGCUUGAUGAUGAGUUGGUUAUUUGAAUCAGUGCUAGGGCAAAAACCAAAACGUUGGCCGAAGGGGGGCCCAAGGACCAGGUUUAGGAAACCCUGCUGUACUAAUGGGGGGCCCAAGGACCAGGUUUAGGAAACCGCUGUACUAUAAAAGGGGGCCAGGACCAGGUUAGGAAACCCUGCUGUACUAUCAAAGGGGGGCCCAAGGACCAGGUUUAGGAAACCCUGCUGUACUAUCAAAGGGGGGCCCGAAGCGCAGGUUUUGGAACCCUGCUGUAUAUCAAAGGGGGCACAAGACCAGUUUAGGAAACCCGCUGACUAUCAAAGGGGGGCCCAAGGACCAGGUUUAGGAAACCCUGCUGUACUAUCAAAGGGGGGCCCAAGGACCAGGUUUAGGAAACCCUGCUGUACUAUCAAAGGGGGGCCCAAGGACCAGGUUUAGGAAACCCUGCUGUACUAUCUGUAAAUCCAGUUACUUUGAGGAACAGUCAGUUAUUCAUCUCCAUUUAUGUGAAUUAAAUGUAGAUACUUUGAAAACUCUGCAGGAAUCUUAUUUCACUUUAGUAAAACAGAGUGUCUUUGCUCUGGGUUCAAUGGGAGGUUGUUUAUUUGAGGUGUAAUAUCGCCACCUUGUGGAGAUAAUGUCUAACUGACUAUCUAUCUCAAUAUCUCUCUCUCUCCCCCUCCUCUCCUCCUCUCUCUCCCGCCUCUCCUCAAUCCUCUCCCCUCCUCGCUCUCUCUGCCUCUCCUCCUCUAUCCUCUCCCCUCCUCUCCUCUGCUCUCUCCCCCUCUCCUCUCUCCCCUACCUCCUCUCUCCCUCUCUCUCUCUCCAGCCUCCUCUCCGCCUCCUGCUCUCUAUCUCGCCCCUCCUCUCCCCUCUGCUCUCUCCCCCUCCCACUCACCUCCUCCGCUCCGGCUCCCCUCCUCCCUCUCCCUCUCUCCUCUCCUCUCUCGCCGCUCUCUCCUCUCCUCCCUCCUCUCUCUCCCUCGCUCUCUCUCCCCUCCCCUCUCCCCCCUCAGUCUCGUCUAGUGGUGAAGACAGCUCUGAAGCUCCUGAUAGUGUUUGUGGAGUACACAGAGUCCAACAGUCCUCUACUCAUCCAGGCUGUCAACACUGUGGAUGGCAAAAGAGGUACACACACUCACACGCGCGCGCACACACACUCGCACACAUACACACACACACACGCUCACACACACGCUCACACACACACACACACACACACAUAGUGCUGUUGUAUUACACUGCUGAAGGAGCUUUCAAGGAAGCUUUUCACUGCACCAUUUAUAGCUGCUGUAAACUGUGUACUGAUGAAUAAACUGGGAUUAGAGUGGUCUGGAAGGAGACAGAGGCUCUCAACUGGACUUUGUUACACUGAGUGUGUGAGUAAGUGUGGCAGGUGUGUAACUGUGUGUUAGUGUCUGGCAGGCUUAUCUAACUGUGUGUGGCAGGCUUAUCUAACUGUGAGUGAGUGUGACAGGCUUAUCUAACUGUGAGGGUGGCAGGCUUAUCUAACUGUGAGUGAGUGUGACAGGCUUAUCUAACUGUGAGGGUGGCAGGCUUAUCUAACAGUGAGGGUGGCAGGCUUAUCUAACUGUGAGUGAGUGUGACAGGCUUAUCUAACUGUGAGGGUGGCAGGCUUAUCUAACUGUGAGGGUGGCAGGCUUAUCUAACUGUGAGUGAGUGUGACAGGCUUAUCUAACUGUGAGGGUGGCAGGCUUAUCUAACUGUGAGUGAGUGUGACAGGCUUAUCUAACUGUGAGGGUGGCAGGCUUAUCUAACUGUGAGGGUGGCAGGCUUAUCUAACAGUGAGGGUGGCAGGCUUAUCUAACUGUGAGAGUGGCAGGCUUAUCUAACUGUGAGUGAGUGUGACAGGCUUAUCUAACAGUGAGUGUGCCAGGCUUAUCUAACAGUGAGGGUGAGAAGGCUUAUCUAACUGUGAGGGUGGCAGGCUUAUCUAACGGUGAGGGGGUGGCAGGGCUUAAUCUAACAGUGAGGGUGGCAAGGCUUAUCUAACUGUGAGUGAGUGUGACAGGCUUAUCUAACUGUGAGGGUGGCAGGCUUAUCUAACAGUGAGGGUGGCAGGCUUAUCUAACUGUGAGUGAGUGUGACAGGCUUAUCUAACUGUGAGGGUGGCAGGCUUAUCUAACUGUGAGGGUGGCAGGCUUAUCUAACAGUGAGGGUGGCAGGCUUAUCUAACUGUGAGAGUGGCAGGCUUAUCUAACUGUGAGUGAGUGUGACAGGCUUAUCUAACAGUGAGGGUGGCAGGCUUAUCUAACUGUGAGAGUGGCAGGCUUAUCUAACUGUGAGUGAGUGUGACAGGCUUAUCUAACAGUGAGUGUGACAGGCUUAUCUAACAGUGAGUGUGACAGGCUUAUCUAACAGUGAGGGUGGCAGGCUUAUCUAACAGUGAGGGUGGCAGGCUUAUCUAACAGUGAGGGUGGCAGGCUUAUCUAACUGUGAGGGUGGCAGGCUUAUCUGACUGUGAGAGUGGCAGGCUUAUCUAACUGUGAGGGUGGCAGGCUUAUCUAACUGUGAGGGUGGCAGGCUUAUCUAACUGUGAGU